AUGGACACGAGGAAUCGAAGAAAACGCGCGGAUCUUCCGGCUUCGGCUCCGGAUCCACCAAGAACUCGAAGGGCGACUCGCACGCGCCAGACAGCAACCCCCAGCGCAACCAACCCGGAACCAGCUCAGGCCCAAGCCGCCCGCGGCCAGACAUCUGUACCGACUCCUGAAGAUUCAAAACCAAAGGGCCUUCUUUCAAAUCCGGUCCCUCGGCGUGGCGCUCGUGUCGUUGGGCGUGCUGCCAGUGUCGCUAGCAUUGUGACCAACCCCCACAGGGGCGUCGACGAGGAAUCAGAGCUUGGAGAGAAUGAUCAGAUCUCAGAGCUCGGUACUGAAGACCCAGUGGUAGCCGGUACCAUUGAAGAGGAAGAGGAACAGGAUGACAUCGACCCUGAAGCAGAAGCGACCAGAUAUAAGAUUAUGGAGCAGCUCUUCCCCGAUUUGAUCAACACCACAGAAGAGUUAAUGAAACGCUUUGAAAACGCAAAUUACGACGAUCCGGUCUUCCGUGGCCUGGUCGCUGUUAAGAGGAGCGCAUUUGUCGGUGCCCGGCAGGUUUUUGAGGAAAAGAGAACGUCACCAUUCAUCGACUGGGCGCAAGCUCACGAAAUAUUCAAGAAUGAGGACGUCAUUGCGGCAGCGGCAACGGCCAUGGUGCGCGCAAACAUUGUCACAGCCCUUGACGAAGUCCUGAAUCUGGAAGCAGGCCAACAAUUGGAUCCGUUUCCUCUGCUGAACAAACUCAACUCCUAUUUCCCUUCUCUCUUCAUCAUUUCCAGAGAAAUGUUCCAGCAUACCCAGCUCACUCUCGACAUCCGCACAUGGUACUUGAUCGAAGUUAUCAACAGUCAAGUGGAAAAGCCGGAUUUCUUUAAGAUUAUUGCCGACAUCUUCUGUGAACCAGAUGACAGCCAAACUUAUCUCCAACGCUUUGUCCGUGGCCCCUUCAAGAGCCUUGGAGAAGACAGUGAUGAGAAUAUUGAGGAGCUAUGCUCCGACAGAAUCACAAAGCUCAUUCUUAUCAUUAAGAAGGACAAGAAAACGUACGGGGCCGGGCAGCUUAAGGAGCUGUUCCCCCUUGUGCGCUUGCUUGAUGACCUGAAAACUUGGCUCAUAGACAUGUAUGCCAUGUUGGGGGAACAGUACAGCCAAAGUCAGCCAAAGCAAGAAUCAGGGCGGGAAGAAUUUGUCGAUGCGGAGGAAGAAAUUGCCGACAGUCAGACUGAUGCCGCCUCAGAAUCCCAGCCCAUCGUUAGAGCAGCAGCGAUCAGCCAGGCAGAGCCCAGUUUAUUCGUUCCUGAUGCCCCAUUCAACUAUUUAAAUCGCCAAGAAAGAACAAAUUCCAUGGCACCUCCAUCAAAUCAACAGCAAGUUGCACCUCGGCCGGGAGCCCCCCGAGACUAUCGUGAACAUACCAACGCCGACCUGCUAGCCUCGCCGCUGCCCGCGUCUUCAGCUCUUGUUCUCGAGAGGGACCAGAUAAAAUCCUCUGGAUCGGCAUCCAGACGACCUAAAGCUCGCGACCCUUUUGUUUCUCAAAGUCAGGACGAAGAUGAGGAGGAGGAUGAGUUCGAAACAGACACUCGCCCGGUGGACAAGGGCAAACGAGCUGCCAUCUCUGAGUCGAUGCCACCACCAAAACGGCCCCGAGUCGCGCCAACUGAGCCUCCCCCGACUGCUUCAAUCGCUUCCCACGUCCGAUCCACCCUCCCAAGAGCCCCCCACUCAUCUCAGGUCCCACAACCAACCCAAGCGGACCUAGAAACUCUCAAGAGAGCCAAGAUUGAGGUCUCCCAAAGGGCCCGUUAUCAACUCACCUCAUCCGCGAAGCAACGCCACGUUUGGUCCCACCACGACUGCGCGCUCCUCAUCCAACUCAUCCGCGAGCGCCACGCUGCCUGGGCCACCAUGGAGCACAACGACAACGACAAGUUCGAGCACCCGCGCAACCAGCAGGCGUAUCGCGACAAGGCCCGCAACAUGAAGGUCGACUACCUCAUGACCGACGCCAUCAUGCCCCCGUGCUUCGAUCUCGUCGCCCUGGGUAAGAAAGAGAUCGACCGCCUCAUCAGUCUCGGCAAGAACCCUUACCGCAAGGAAUCCGAUAUUGACGCGGACGGUCAGGCCGUGAAUACGGAAUAUAUUGGUUCCCCCUGA